CGAGAAUCCAACUGGCCAAUGGAAAUCGUGGAAGGCCCAAGACGAGCAAGGCUGUGUGGUUUCCUUGGAUACCGAGGACGCGACUUCUUUGGAGAGGGUGGAGCUUUGGAGUGAGACCCAGGGGGCCAUAACCCUCAGAGAAAAAUAGGAGCCUAAAUAAGGAAUAGGACCAAGGAGAGGGAACUGUGAAAAAUGGGAGACAGUAACACAGACACAGAACAGGAAGAGGAAGAGGAGGAAGGCAAAAAGGAUCAAGGAGACCCUGUUUAUGCCAUACUGCCUACAAUUAACAUCCAAGAUGAGCGGUUUGUGGAUUUAUCUACAACUCCAGCUUUCAUUUGUCUGCAUGAGUUACAUGCUAUGGGGAAACUCCCAGGAGCCAGAAUGGCAGAGUUAAAAGCCAAGUACUCCUUGCUGCAUGAUACCGUGAUGAGCACACAAGAGUCAGAGGUCCAGCUGCUACAGGAUGCCAAACGUUUCACCGAGCAAAUACAACAGCAGCAGUUUCACCUGCAGCAAGCUGACAAUUUUCCAGAGGCCUUCACCACCGAGGUCUCCAAAAUGAGAGAACAGCUUCUCAAGUACCAAAAUGAAUACAAUGCGGCGAAGGAAAGAGAGUUCCACAAUCAGUACAGAUUGGACAGCUUAAUGGAAGAAAAAAGCCUCAUAAUAAAGGAAUUUGAGAAGAUACCUAAGCCAGGAGAAAUGGAGAAGAAGAUGAGAAUAUUGAGGGAAAGCACUGAAGAAUUACGUAAGGAAACAAUGCAGAAGAAAUUAGAAAUUAAAAAUUUACGGGAAGAUUUGACAUCAAAACAAAAGCAAUUACUAAAGGAGAAGAAGGAACUGGAAGAACUACUGGAGUAUCAGGUCACCUUAAAGGAUGAAGUGGUCCACCAUCAAGCCAUUCCUGUACAAAUUGGAAAAGAGAUAGAAAAAACAACACGCAAAAAAGUAGAAACGGAAAAGAAAAAACUUAUCUUGGAAUGUGAACUCAAAGAGCUAAAUGACUCGCUAAAGAAAGUUGAAACCAAAAUUAAUGCUAUAAUGGAAGAGAAGGAAGAUGUAGUAAAAGAAGUUGAAGGCAAACGAGCCUUACUUGAAAUCAAAGAACGAGAAUUUAACCAACUGGUCAAACUAUUGGAAUUAACCAGAGAGAAUGAAGCAACUUCGCUGACUGAAAGAGGGAUCUUGGAUCUCAAUUUACGUAACUGUCUCAUUGACAAGCAGAACUACCAUGACGAACUUUCUCGUAAGCAAAGAGAGAAAGAACGAGAUCUUCGAAAUUUAAAAAAGAUGGAGCUACUCUUGAAAGUGUCCUGGGACGCACUCACCCAAACUCAAGCCCUGCACCAAAGGCUCCUGUUAGAGAUUGAGGCUAUCCCUAAAGAUGAUUCUACAUUAUCUGAGAGAAGGAGAGAACUCCACAAGGAAGUUGAAGUAGCUAAGAGGAAUUUGACCCAACAGAAAAUCCUAUCAGAAGCCGAGCUGAAGUUAGUAGAACAGCAACUUGCAGAAGAAAACAAGCUUUUAAAGCAGCAAGAAAACAUGCAAGAGCUGGUAUUCAACCUCGUCCGUAUGACUCAAAUCAAAAUUGAUGAGAAAGAGCAAAAGUCCAAGGAUUUCCUGAAAGCUCAGCAAAAAUAUACCAACAUUGUUAAGGAGAUCAAAGCCAAGGAUCUUGAAAUCAGGAUACACAGGAAGAAAAAACGUGAAAUUCAUAGGAGACUCAGAGAGUUUGCCAAGCUGUAUGACACUAUUCGAAACGAGAGAAACAAAUUUAUUAACUUACUUCACAAAGCUCACCAGAAGGUCAAUGAAAUAAAAGAAAGGCAUAAAAUGUCAUUAAAUGAACUGGAAAUUUUAAGAAAUAGUGCAGUUACUCAAGAAAGAAAGCUACAAAAUUCUAUGCUGAAACAUGCCAACAAUGUUACCAUCAGGGAAAGCAUGCAAAAUGAUGUGUGCAAAAUUGCAGCAAAACUUCAGGAAAUGAAGGAGAAGAAGGAAGCCCAGCUGAGUAAAAAUGACAGACUUGCCAAUAUGAUCACAAUGAUUGAAGAAGAGAUGGUACAGAUUCGCAAAAAAUAUGAAAAGGCCAUUCAGCAACGAAAUGAAAGUGGUAUUCAGGUGGUAGAGCGGGGACAAGAAGUGUGCCUUUUUUAUGAAAAAAUAAAUAUCCAAGAGAAGAUGAAGCUAAAUGGAGAAAUUGAAAAAAACGUCUUGGAGGAAAAGAUCCGCUUCCUGAAACUGAAGAUUGCCGAGAAGCAAAGACAGAUUCACGUGACCCAGAAACUACUGCCAGUCAAGAGGUCCCUGGAUGCCGAUCUGGCAGUGCUCCAGAUUCAGUUUUCACAGUGUACGGACAGAAUAAAAGACCUGGAGAAACAGUUUAUAAAUCCUGAGGGUAAGAACAGAACGCGCUUCCUUCCAGGAAAAGAUAUGACCGAAGAAGAAAUGAUCAAAAAAAUGGAUGCGCUGGAACUACAGUUGGCCAAGAAGGAGGAGAAGCUGCUGGAGAAGGAUUUCAUCUACGAACAGGUUUCCCGGCUCACGGACAGGCUCUGCAGCAAAACUCAGGCCUGCAAGCAGGACACACUGCUCUUAGCCAAGAAGAUGACUGGCUACCAGAAAAAGAUCAAAGAUGCUACUGAAAAACUGAUGGCUCUUGUUGCUGAGCUGUCCAUGAAGCAAGCUAUGGCCAUUGAACUCCAAAAGGAAGUCAAGGAGAAAGAAGACUUCAUCCUUAACUGCAACUCCAGGAUAGAAAAGGGUCUGCCGCUCAAUAAAGAGAUUGAGAGAGAAUGGCUGAAAGUACUUCGAGAUGAAGAAAUGUAUGCCCUGGCUGUCGCUGAAAAGUCGCGGGAGCUCUUGGAAGCAGAAAAUCGCCAGCUGCCCAACGGUGUUUACACAACUGCAGAGCCGCGUCCAACUGCCUACAUCCCAGAGGCAGAGGCCACUCUUCCUCUGCCGAAACCGUAUGGCGCUUUGGCUCCUUUUAAGCCCAGUGAACCUGGGGCCAACAUGAGGCACAUAAGGAAACCC